AUGACAUCCACCAAGUACAUCAACAAUUCCAUCUCCCUAUCGGUUGCCGUUGGCCUGUUAGCACUGGGCACUCAGAAGGAAGUAUCGGCUCUCCUGGUCACUCCGACUUUGCACAGUCAGCAAGCUCGUCGUCAUCGUGGCGAAAGCAACAGCUAUCAGAGAGCACAAACUCAAUUAAUGGUAUCUCAGACAACAGACGAAGUCACUGGAAGCCGACUAUUUGAGGAACAAGAGCAGGCACUUACAAGUAGUGAGAUUGGUACCAUAGCGGGAGAAGAGGAGACGCGGGGCAUGCCCGACCUCUUGGCAGACCUUCAGGAAACCAUCGGUAAAGUCGACGAUGAUCGGAUCAUUUAUCCGGAACUGCAAACAGGCGAAGUCCCUCGGCUCUACAGUUCCCUCUCCUACGAACGAACAGAAGAAGGAAAAGUUGUCAAGGCCGUACACGCGGAAGGUUCCGUUAUGGGAGCUGCUGCGCUAGUUGCAGGAACCACCAUUGGAGCUGGAGUGUUGGCUCUGCCCACUGCAACCGCUGCGGCUGGAUUCGUACCUUCCACGUUUGCUCUGGGAAUCGCCUGGCUUUACAUGACAAUUAGCGGCCUGCUCAUUGCGGAACUCACAUUGAACCGCAUUGGAUCCUCGGGACGUCCCGGUCUGGGGCUGCUCGAGUUGUACGAGAAUUCGUUGGGAAAGAAUGUGGGGAGAAUUGGAAGCGCAGCGUACUUCUUUCUUCAUUAUGCCAUUAUGGUGGCAUAUGUGGCACAAGGUGGCAGCAACAUUGCUGGAUACAUGGAAUCAUUGGGACUGGGAGAUCUGGCAUCGUCCGUUCCGGGCUUUGGCCAACUAGCGUUCGCAGGGACAUGCGGUGCAAUCCUUUACGCCGUUAAUUCAGCAACCGUGGAAAAGAUCAACAACACCCUGGUAUUUGGAGUCGUUGCCAGCUUUCUGGCUAUUGUGGGCAUUGGCUCUUCUACUGCCGACUUUGGAGCACUCAUUGACCCUGCUUUUCAGCACCCAGAGGAAGUAGUAAACUGCUUCCCGAUUCUUUUCCUGUCUUUGGUGUAUCAGAAUGUUGUCCCGACGGUGGUCUCUCAGUUGGAAGGGGACAGAAACAAAAUCACCACUUCGGUGAUUGCCGGAACGACAGUCCCCUUCAUCAUGUUUCUCAUGUUCAAUGGAGUGGUGUUGGGCAACGCACUCAGUACAGGUGUGGACCUCACCUCGGGAGUCAAUCCGGUUUCUCUGCUCCAGUCUAAUGGUGAUGGCAGUGUGGUUGGAGACCUCGUUUCCGGAUUCAGCAUGCUUGCGGUCAUCACAAGCAUGAUUGGGUUCACGUACGGUCUGCUCGAUGCAUGGACAGAUGUUUUCAAUAUCCCCACCGAGGGCAAGGAGUUCGAAAGGUGGAAGGCGCCCUUGUUUGGGUUGGUCUUCGUACCGCCUGUUGCGCUUUCCGUUGCCAACCCUGACAUCUUCUACGACGCGCUCGAUUAUGCUGGGGCCUUUGGAGUGAGCACACUAUUCCUCUUGCUGCCGCCGUUCAUGGUGUGGCAGGAACGCUAUGGCAAGGAAAAGGCCCCGCUAGCAACAAAGCCAAUGGUUCCGUUUGGAAAAAUCCCGCUUGCUUCCAUGUACAAAGCAGCUGGGACACUGAUUCUCGAGCAGGGAGCAGAGAAGCUUGGAGUUUUUGAAUACUUGUCGCAGCACUUGCCGUCUUUUUAA